GGCACACACUUCAGCUUAGAGCAUCCCCGCUGUGACCAAAAUGAACCUGCCGUCCAGAGAGCAGUGUGAGGGGUGGGACCAGAGCCAAGUGGCCUUAUUCAUGUGCAAGAACCUGUCAGACGGCGACAUGAGCAAGUGCAGUCCUCUUCUUCAGCAGCAGUUUCAGAAGAUCGCUCAGGACAUCAAAAAAAAUGAUGGCAGUUUCCUGAGUAAAUUAAAAAGACUGAAAAACAAACCAGCUCCGGAGAUACCUGUGAGAGACUACAGAGAUGGAGACAUGGUGGGUGCUGGAGAUCUGACUGAAUCUGAUUAUGACAAUGACAUGUAUGACAAUCCACUGCAAGAGCAUGAUGUCAAAUAUGAGCCGCCUCCCUGCCACAAACUCUUUACCAGAAGUUCUUCAUCAUCCUUUCUGAGGGGAGACUAUAUUGACAGCUGCCGUAAUGGGCCAAAACUGAAACCCAGAAAUGUCUUCAAACCGAGCCAAGAAUUCAAACAACUGACGCCUGAACAAACCCAAAAGGACAGUAAUGAAGAGAACUACAUCAGUCCUGACGGCAAAAAUGAUGAUGACAACUAUGUCGAACCGGCAGAGAACCUCCCAACUAAUUCUAAGAUAUCUACUGCAAACAGUAUUGUGCGGGGCCGCUCCAUGAUACGUGUAACUUUACCAAAGUGUCAACCAAGUCCAGAUUUUCAUGAAGUUCCAGACCAAGAGGAUAACAUGUUGAUUCUUCCAGUAAACAGAGUUAAUCCGAUGCGAUCGGCAUCUAUAGAGCAGCAGGCCACACUUGACACGGAAUAUGAAGUGUGUGAUCGAGACGACAUUGACACUGAUGAACCUGCAGUGCAACAUCCUCCAUUCCCGUCUAAAUAUUCGCAAAGAAAGUUACCAAAACCACCUGUAAGGCUGGGGCAAGACGUGAAGCAGAGGGACUUUGAACGCAAAACACUGCCAAGAAUUAACACGGGCAGCAAACCUCCUCCUCCAAAAUCUCUUACUCUGGACAUAAAACGAUCAAAGAUUCCUCUUCAACACAUUGCCUUUCACGGGCAAACCAGUUGUGGUGAAAGUGGGGCAACACACCAAGACAAGGACACAGACAUCUAUGCAGAGCCGUGGUUUGCUGGGGAAUGCGACCGCAAGACUGCUGACCAACUGCUUUUUCACGCAAAUAAAGACGGGGCCUUCAUGGUGAGGAAGAGUUCCGGACAGGCUGUUCACCAACCGUACACAUUGGUGGUGUUUUAUAAGGGCAGAGUGUACAACGUUCCCAUUCGGUUUAUACACACAAGUCAGAAGUAUGCACUCGGAAAGGAGAAGAAAGGAGAAGAGUAUUUCCACAGUGUCUCUCACAUCAUCAAGACCCACCAGACGACUGCUCUGGUGUUGAUUGACAGCAAGAGUAACAUCAAAGAUGCUGCCAGGCUGUGUUUUCCUACCAAGCCUUAGAUGAACCUCAGUAGUGGACAACAAGCAAAUGUUUGGUUUUUGCCUCGCACACCUCUGAUGUGUCCUCGCCUUGUCUUUAAUGUUCAAAGGCUGCAUCUGCAGUCUGGCCAUGUGGUACCGGUACUUUUUGAACAUGUUGUAUUGAGAUGCUUUGCAGUGCUCGCUCAGUAUUGAUUUAACGAAAGGGACAACGCAUUUGAAAGAUUUCACACAGCAACUUUAGGAAGGUGUAUUUUUCUUUCAAGUGAAACAAAUGUCAUCUUUUAAGUCCAGAUCUUUAAUCAUGUUACCAGAAACACACAAUUCCAUUUAUUCUGUGAUCAAAAAAGGAUGCUCAUGCAGAUUGUUUGCAUAACAAAAAAUAAUAAUUGAAGGCACUUUAUGGAAAAUAUCUGAUAUAUGUUACAGUACCGCUACAGUUCUAUGUACAAUUAGAAAUCAUUUGUCUAAAUUGGAGGAGCAUUAAUAUUUACAGUGAUUUACAGACAGAGGUGGUCCUUAAAUGACAAACACACACACCACAGUUCCUGCUGUCAAUACUGAGAGCUCAUGGCUGCUUUAGGAAAUGUUUCGCCACAGGACACCAGUUGAGAUUGUCGUCAUCUUGGGACUGAUGCGGUGAGGUAAAGGAAAUAGAAAUUCCUUUUCAUAGUGCAAGUAAGAAACUAGAUGAUCAAUUUCAAGUCAAACCAAAGUAAACUCUUUGAAAAACACCACCACCUCCAAUCUAGGCCAGAUUUCAAAAAUACAUUUUAUCAUUCACAGACAUCACAAAACACCACUUUAGGUAGAAAAAUGUAGCGCAUUUUAAAGGAAUAUCUGCUCCUGUUAAAUAAACGCGUGAAAAUAUAGCAAUAAUACUAGCUUCGCACAUGAUUUGGAAUUUACACAAUAUUUACAAUAUUCCAUUGGCCCAAAAAAUGAAUAUACAUGCAUAGAAAGUCUAUACACAAGAGCCAUAAAUAAAUGUUGAA